AUACAUUUUGUUACGAAUAUUUGUAGUAUUUGUGUAUCGCUCCUUAAAUCAAACAUCACUGUGCAAAUAAACAAGAAUGUCAACGGAAGCUAAUAGCACUUUUAUUAUUCACAAGUUUGGUUGAGUUGGACAUUUUUCGUGUUAUGGUAACUUGAGGACUUAAGGCACAGAGAUGACGAAAAUCAAAUAUUUACGAUAAAAAAUUUGAAGGGCGAUAGUUUAUAAAAGGUGUAACAUAAAGAGAUGUUAUAAAUUGUUGAAAUGGGUUGGAAUGUCAAUUUUGUUGCGUUUUUGACAUGUGCUUAGUUUUUGUAAAGUAUUAAAUUGAACUGGUUUUUUUCAAUGGGGAUAGAUUAACAUACUUAAAAAUAAUCAUCGUUUAGGAUAAUGUCCAAAGAUGCCGGAUUUUCAGAGGUCGAUGGUGCCAAAAUUAUUCGUCACGGAAGCGAAAUACUUGCUGGAGCAGACGGUCGCCAAAAGGGGUCGCUGUGCGGGAGUUUUAAGGAAAUGACGUUUGAUGACUGUUUCCGGGAACAGUUUAUCAACUUUGACUCGAGGAAGAAGGUCGGUGACUAUGCCCUUGGGCGGAUUCUGGGGGAGGGGUCGUUUUCAAAAGUUCGAUUAGGAAAGAGGAUCUCGAAUGGUGAAAAGGUUGCCAUAAAAAUAAUACCCAAGAAAACGAUGAUGAAGCAGAACGAGGCUCGAUGCAGAUUCCUACGCGAGACCAAAACGCUACGCCUGAUAACGCACAAGAAUAUAGUCCGUCUGUACGAGAUGAUGGAAACAUCUAGCAAUUAUUACCUAGUUAUGAGUCUACAGCAAGGCGAGUGCUUUAAAGACUACCUCCGGAGAAGGAAGUGUCUGAGCGAGACGGAGGCUCGGCCAAUGGUGUACCAGUUGGGAGAGGCUGUAAGCUACCUGCACGCGAUCAGCGUCGUGCACAGGGAUCUUAAACCCGAGAACGUGAUAGUCAGCGAUAAAACAGUGACAAUCAUAGAUUUCGGACUAAGCGCAUGCGCUCGCCACGGUGACGUCAUGAGGACCCAGUGCGGAUCCCCGGCGUACGCUGCACCGGAAGUGUUCGUGGGGGAGCCGUACACUUCCAGCGUUGACGUGUGGAGUCUUGGAGUAAUGAUGUACCUCAUGUUGACAGGGUCACAUCCGUUUAGUCACGCACAUUUUAAAUCCUACACCCAACUGUAUGCUGUUAUUUUGAAAGGCUACACCCUACCUCAAUGGAUAUCGCUGUCAAAAGAGUGCUCCGAUUUGCUGUCGCAAAUGUUACAAUUGGAACCCGCAAAAAGGAUAUCCGCUUCAAGUCUAUUGGAACACUCGUGGUUAUGUGACCUAAGCAAAAGAGAACCUGGUGCUCUAAUACAUUCUUAAAACACUUGUGCUACCAACCUUCCUCACUUGCUGAAGCAUCCAAUCGUCACGGAUGAAUGAUUUUAUCGUUUGCUUGUACAUACUGUAGUCAAAUGAUCACAUAUACAAUUUUAAAUCAAAAUAUUUAUUCAUAACUAAGAUUUUUGAGUUUGAAAAAUGCUUCGUUCGAAAAAUCAUCCAAUUUAAUUAUUCUAGUUGGGAUUUUACAUCAGGAAAACAUAACAUUAAUUAGAAAAACAAUAUUGCUCGAAUGAAUAUUCAUGCGCAAUGUUGCAAGCCGGUCGGUCAUUAAGACGUGUAAGUUUAUGAGUUUUACUUUUCACAUUAUUAUUUUACGAUAUACGAUUUUGAGAAUUUUACUUUGUGAGUGUUUUUUUUUUAAUUUGUUAUGUUUGAUAUUUUAAUGUUGAUCAAUUUCAAUUAAAUUUGCAUUAAGUAUUAGAUAUGUGUUGAAUUAGUCUGACUUCAACUUUCAAUAAUAUCCGUUCUAAAAUAAGGGAGCUAUAUUGAUUUGAACACGUGUUGCAUUCGAAAAGUCUCCAGGUGUAUACAUACAAAACUGCAAUAACGUGCAUAUUCAUUAUAUUGCCCUCUAGCUACAAACUGGGUUCCAUCAACCCAGCUUAGGACGGUUUGUGUUCUCGCCUGUUUUAUAAGUUUUCAAUAAUUUCUGUAACCACUGCAACCACAAUAUCUGUAGGCCAUUUUUUAAAUAACUUGCAUAUUUUCCAUAUGGUCAUCCAUAUCCACACAUCAAGAUUCAUAACCCUUGCUUAAGUUCUUAUCAUGUAUCGCUGAUUCCAUAUUGUUUUCGGACGGACAGACAGGACAGAUGGGCCGUUGGCAAAUCCGGUAGUGGAUUUAUGAAACGAACAUUUAAACUAAUUAUAAUCAAAUGCCAUUUACAUGUUUGCGUUUGGUUAGAGCUAUGCUGGGUACCGUGGUGGUUUUAAAUUUGGAAAAGUGGUUUAUGAACAAGGGAGGUAACCAUGAAUCGUAACACAUGGGCACAAUUUUCACAAUUGGCUGCCCUGCUCCACUGGUUCAUCACGGGAGAGGGACGUCACUACGGGGGGUUGAAUAGGAUAAGAUACUAGUAAAAAUAAUGCCCAUCUUCAAAUUAUAUACAGCGGCAAACUUUAUUUUUCUUACUGCUCAUUCAUAUGAUGAAUCUAUAUAUUUGUUUAUUUUAUGUAUUGAUGUUGCCAAAUGUAUAAAUUAUUUUAUUUUGUUGUUGUUUUUCAAUUUAAGCGCAGGUUGAUUGGCAUUGAUUGAUGGAAAUAUGAAAAUAUGUAUUUAUGUGUCACAAAUCACAAUUAGCACUUGAUCAUGGAUGGCAACUUAGUAGCUGGGCUUAUCUUAUAGCUUAACUCCAUGAUAUUCAUAGAUCCUUAUCUUCAUAACCGCAAGGUAAAUCGAUGUUCAUGUAUGUGGAGACAUGGCAUACUUCUGUAUACAGUUGCAUCCUUUCUCCCUGGUAUAAAUAACCCAGUACUAGUUUAAUAAUGUUUUCUUGUUGAUAGUGUAUUUUCCCUUGUAGCAAAACCAACAAAGCAACAUGCACAUAUGUAACCAAAGCCAAAUUGUUGUGAUACGUGUUGGUCAAUUACUGUGUUGGCUCGUGCGCACCUAUUUUGUUAUUAUAUGACAUAAAAAGUGAAAUGAAACGAAAUAAAAAUAAAUAUUGCAUUUGAUGGAUGUUAACCAAAAAGUAUAUACGGUACCAUUACACGUUGUAACGUCUAAUUUCCCCAGUCACGCUGUGACCAUGUACAUCGUUGUAUUAAAUAAAAAGCUUGGGUACGAAAGGCUGAUUUCCAACUGAAUUAUUGUGUCUUUGCUAAGUAUUUAUUAACAAACAUGUAUUUGUAAUAAUUUUAAUAUGUUGAUUGUGCAUACUAAUUUACAGUAGUAAAAAGGCAAGCAGGUGCUUGA